AUGCCACCUUCAUCCAAAGGAAAAAAGCGAACUGCACCUCAACCCGUCAAGGUGAUCAAUAAUUCUUCUUUUGAACGCAUAUCUGACUCGAAUAGCCUAAUAAACGGCCUAGAACAGAAUCAAACAAACCUUCAGCGAGCAAGAAGAAGAAGGCAUUCGAACGACCAAUCAUCCCUAUUCCUACAGCACCAGAGCAUUCAGAUAUCUCAGAGAGUGAUGUCGACUUCUUUGAAAAGAACGAACAGGCCGGCAGGUUUUUACAACAUUUGGAUCAGUCUGCUAUUUCAAGGCAUGAGCAAAAAGGAGACCGAAAGGCUCUUUCAACUCCAUAAAGCACCUUACAAACGAGCACAGAAUGGACCGCUUGCUCCUUCCGAACCCCCUACGAGUGAAAUAGACAGUAGCUUGGGUUCUAUUUCAAGUGGUUCGGAAGUCGAGUCAUCUGAGGCAGAAGAAAACAUAGAUGUUGAUAUUGGCAGUACCAAUGCUACUAGCAUCUCUUCGGACGAUUCGGAACAGGAACAACCCUAUGAACGUCAACCCCGCCGAACAAAGGAUGGUCCAACGGAAAAAGGGUCUUCUAGUAGAACAGUGUCAAGACUACCUAUCAAGUUACCGGGUGGGCAGAUUUUACCCGUUGGCGUUCGGGUGUCCUCUAUCCCCAAUGGGACGGAAGAAGAGGAAGAAACAACGGUAGAACACCCCAUUAUGGAGGUCCCACGAAGUAAUAUCGCGGGUGCUAGAUUCGGAAGAGCCGCUGUUGCCGAUAUAGUCCGCCUUGCUUCAAGAAAGGAACGACUACAAGCUGCAAGAGAGCAAAUUGCCAGUAUCUGUCAAGAAAUAUUAAGUGAACCCGAGAAUGGACUCGGAUUGCUUAGAAGGCUGUUGGCAUUCUGCGCCGUCACCGUGAACGUGGAGGACGAAGCUGGUUCUAUCAAAAUAUCGAAUGACACCACUAUCAGACAUCUAGCUAUACUAUCCUUAAUGGCAGUAUUCAAGGAUAUUGUCCCUGGAUACCGAAUACGAAAGCUGACAGAGAAGGAAUUAUCGGAGAAAGUAAGCCAGAUGGUUGGCCAGACACGAGACUGGGAACAAGGACUAGUAGCCGUUUACCAAUCCUAUCUUCAAAUGCUUGAUGAAGAGAUACGCAUGUAUGUGCAACUUAGUUCGCAAUCUAACGCAUUUCAACUUCCGCACGAACAUAAUGAGCACUCUUGUGGCCCGACUGAGUCGCAUGACCUGGGACGAGGAGUGCCGUCCCUGGAGGCCGUUCGACUCCUCAACCGGAUGAUCAAAGAAAAGGACUAUAACGUUCACCCAAAAGUACUUUCCUGUUUGUCACACUUACGCCUGAGGUCAGAGCUCGGAAAUAUUCGGGCUUCUGAAAGCCAUGCAGACAAACAGGAUCGCCAGGACACGAAGAACAAGAAGUUAAAAGGAAAGGCGAAAAUGAAAGAGAAACCCCAUUUAACAAAAAAGGCUAAGAAGGCGUUAAAGGAAAUGAAGGAAAUUCAGGCUGAGAUGGAGGAAGCAGAAGCAGAAGUGGACAAGGAAGAGAAAGCCAACCAAGAAACAGCAUCCCCAUUACUCCCCGCAGCACUUCAAGGUGUAACUCGGUUCGCUCAUCGAGUAAACGUGGACUUCUUCCGCGACCUUUUGGUUGUUUUGCAUACGAUAACACUUCGAGAAGAUCAACCCAUCGACCAAAGGUCUGUUGACUUUCAGGAGAGUAUCGGAAUACAAUUACAAUGCAUAGUAACCGCAUUUGAGCUUUUAUUGGGUCAAGGAGAAGCGUUGAACCUUGACCUGAGCCAGUUUACAACACACUUUUACAAAUUAUUGCCGGAUUUAGCGGUACCUCUUGUCACUGAAGAGUAUCAGGGGUUCAGUCAAGAAAAGACAAGGGGUGGAAUGUCUCCACUCAUAGAGACCUUAGUCUUCCGUGCACUCAACUUAAUUCUCCUACCCAGUUAUGGAAAGAUCCCAUCGUACUUGCUGGCAGCUUUCUCGAAGCGAUUACUUAGCCUGUCUCUCCAAUGUGGCCCAAACGUCACGAUAAGGAUACUCAAGUUCAUCAAAGAUCUAAUUGGAAGAGAUAAAAAGCUGGAAUCGAUGUUAUCCACAGAAGAGAGGAUUGGGAACGGCAUAUACAGGAGUGAGGUGGACGAUCCCCAGCUAUGCAACCCGUUUGCAGCUACUUGGUGGGAAUUGCUGCCGGGAUGCGGGGGCUGGACAGCGGCCGGUCCAGUGCUCGUCGGGCGGGAGUGGACUAAAGAGGGUAGGGCGAGGCCGGACAAAAAACUAAAACCAGAAAAGAAAACGAACAGGUGGCCAACGCCCGACACUGACGAGAACUCGAACGGUCAUGGCACAUCGGACUCGGGACUACUGAUCGGAAUGGUGGGUACAAAGAAGGACAAGGAAGCCCAAGCCGCAGGAGCAGCGAGGGAUAUGGUCGAGAGGAGAAGGUGGCGAAGAAGGCAUACGUGCACUCUCGACCUCCACCUCGACAUGGUCUUAGCAGAUCUUGGGAGGAAACUAAAUUCUGCUCUUUCACAACUCAAUAGAGCGCCAGUCCUCGAUGGACUGCUGAAAGAGAUCACCACCGCCUUGUUGGAAUCCGAUGUCAAUGUGAAGCUUGUAGCAACACUAAGAAAGCAAGUGAAGGCGAAA